GUCUAAUAGCCGCGUCAUUUGAGAAUUGAAUUUUUGAAAAAAGUUACUUUUUUUCUUUUUCUUUUUUUUUUUACCUUCUACUCGGGUCGUUUCCCAUCCUAUCUGAUUUGUUUAAAAUCGCAGUCAUGGCCAGCAGGUCAAGACUUGCUCCAGUCUUGCGGCGGAUAGGAGCACCUAGCCUGAGAAAAUCUGCGACGACCAUCAACCCCGCCGUGUACGCCACUCGGCAUAUAUCGAGUACCACACCGAGACGAUUUCGAGACUCAAGUGCACGAGCCGCCAAGUUUACAACAGAAUCUUACCCCGAACUCAAACGAGACAGUCGGUUUGCGCAAUUAACAAAAGAGCAUGUCGAUUAUUUCAAGGGGAUUCUCGGCAAAGAGUCUGCCGUGAUCGAUGGCGUGACCGCCGAUGCCGCGGAAGAUGAGAUAGAACCUUUCAACCUCGAUUGGAUGCGCAAAUUCCAGGGCCACUGCAAAUUGGUAUUGAAGCCCGGAUCGACAGAGGAUGUCAGCAAGAUCCUCAAAUAUUGCACCGAAAAAUCGCUGGCCGUUGUCCCCCAAGGUGGUAAUACUGGUUUGGUCGGUGGUUCCGUACCCGUUUUUGACGAGAUUGUUGUCAGCACUAGCCGAAUGAACCAAAUCCGAUUUUUCGACGAAGAUAGCGGUAUUUUAGUCGCCGAUUCUGGUGUCGUGCUAGAAGUAGCCGAUCAAUUUCUCGCCGAGAAGGGUUACAUUUUCCCCUUAGAUCUAGGCGCGAAAGGCUCUUGUCAUAUCGGUGGUAAUGUCUCGACCAAUGCCGGUGGGCUCAGAUUGCUCCGCUAUGGAAGUUUACAUGGUACCGUUUUAGGGAUUGAGGCUGUUCUACCUGAUGGGAUGAUUGUAGAUGACUUAAGUAAGCUACGAAAGAACAACACCGGUUACGACUUGAAACAGCUCUUCAUCGGCGCGGAGGGGACCCUUGGUAUGAUCACCGCGGUUUCGAUACAAUGCCCCAAGCGAUCAAAGGCUGUCAAUGUUGCUUUCCUCAGCGUCGAAUCAUACGAUAAACUUCUGCAAGCUUUCAGAGAAGCCAAAACGCAGCUAGGCGAAAUUCUUUCAGCUUUCGAGAUGAUGGAUUCCCAAAGCCAGGACAUAUUCCACAAGGUAAAGGAGAACAAGCGGCCGCUAGAAGGGGAGCACCCAUUCUACUGUCUCAUAGAGACAAGUGGGUCAGAUUCUGAACAUGACAACGCGAAGUUGGAGAAAUUCCUUGAAGACAUUAUGACCAAAGAAAUCGUGACCGAUGGUGUUGUGGCGCAGGAUGAAACUCAAUUCAGGGCACUUUGGAGUCAGAGAGAGGGUAUCACGGAAACCCUAGGCCAUUGGGGAGGGGUCUAUAAAUACGAUCUCUCGAUUCCGCUAAAGUCCAUGUAUCAACUUGUGGAAGAUGUAAGAACGAGACUUGAAAGCAUGGGACUGAAAGGCGAUACUGAUGACUAUCCUGUCGUGGAUGUGGUUGGGUAUGGUCACAUGGGUGAUUCGAAUCUGCAUCUUAAUAUCGCAGUGCGAGGAUACAAUAAGAAGGUGGAAGAAGCUCUUGAGCCAUUCGUCUAUGAAUGGGUCAGCAAGGAGAACGGUAGUAUCAGUGCUGAACACGGCUUGGGCUUGACAAAGAAGAAGUACAUCGGCUAUAGUCGUAAUGAUAAUAUGAUAGAGUGGAUGAAGAAAAUCAAGAAACUCUUCGAUCCGAACGGAAUUAUGAACCCUUAUAAGUAUAUAUAGAUUAUGGCCUCAUCUGAGGAACGAGAUCUACACCUUCUGCUUAAAGGAUGGGAGUUCAGAAUAAGACGAGGCGAUUUCUAUUGCCUUAAAAACAUUUGGGCGAUUACGAUAUGAAUGAUACCUACUUAGGUGUUUCAUUCAUCUACUUCCCGAGGUCUUCAACAGAUGAAUCUGGAUCAUCUUGUCUGGUAAUUCAAAAAGGAUAUCCACAGCGGCAUGUGAGGCGCAUUGGUUUUGGAGAUGAAUGCAUAUAGGUUUUAUAUAAAAAGCAAUUUAUGGUAUAUUUAAGUCCUAUCUUCUGAAAUCGUCGAUACUCAA